GUAUAUACGUUCAUGCUGUAUAAAAAUCAGUAAGAACCGUAUAAUUUCCAAUAACAAUAAAACAUUGGUUCUAGUGAGAUCAUUCUCUGUUCUGAAAGGUAUAACAUUGUGAAAACAAGAUAUCUCUUUUACAUAUACUUUUUUGUGGAAAGUUCCACGUUAUCACGAUGGGUUUUGAUGUUACGCCAAGAACGAAAUUCGCGGUGCCAACAUAACCGGUUACAGCUAGAGAUAUUUUCGAUAAAAUCGUGCCUGGAGGAAAAAAACAAAUUGGAAUUGCCGUUUGUUGUGCUGCGGUAAAUAGCUUCGUCGAAUUUCUGUUCGAUUUUUGUAGCAUUGGUUGGCGUCCAAGGCCUGGUCAGAGGAAUGUUCUUGGGUUGAAAGUUGGUGUUUUGAUGUUUGUAGUUCCGGCGAAGUGGAGCAACGAAACAGACCACGGGGGUCGCACGCGGGGUACCGAUACGCGUGUUACGGUGUGCGCGGAUAUCGUAAAUAAUUAUUUUUUUAAACCCCGUCCCAAUCGUAAUCGCGGUUACAAUCGAGAUCCUGCACGUAGCAUAGCGUGAAUUUCGUGUACGAUUUAUCCACGAGGCCAACUUGACUACCGAACUCUGUUAAAUAUGGCGAACAGUGUAGCACCAGAUUCGUGGGAACAGCAGGCGGACAACGGAGACAUCGGUCCGCCGCAAGAUCAGUCCAUCGAAAGCAAAUUCUCGACCCUGAACGUGAACGCUGCGGAAUUCGUGCCUUCAUUCUGCAUUCAAUCACCGCAGGACAGUAACGCGGCCGACAGUUCCUGCAAUGUCGCUGUCAUGACGAAUAGUGUAACCACCUCUAUGCCCCCAGAAAUACAUCAUGGCGAUACCAGUCCAGUGGUUCUACCAGAUCCAGUUGGCAACCGAGUGGAGGAACCACCUGCCGGAGGAGGGGCUCCACCUCCGAAUGUCACUGACCAAAUAAAUGAACAUCAACCAGCCGAUUCAUGGGAAGAAGCAGCAGUGGAUGGAGAUCCACUGUCAACUCCUGAAAAUGAAGAAGUUGACAAUGAUGAAGAUGAGGAAAUGGUUGUUAAAGUACCUAAAAAGAAGCCUGUUAAAAUAACGGAAGACACUAAGAGUAAAAAGGAGCAUGUUAAUGUUGUUUUUAUAGGACACGUUGAUGCAGGAAAAUCAACGAUUGGUGGUCAAAUUAUGGCGUUGACGGGGAUGGUGGAUAAAAGAACUCUAGAGAAGUAUGAAAGGGAAGCGAAGGAAAGAAGUAGAGAGACGUGGUACUUGAGUUGGGCACUAGACACGAAUCAGGAAGAAAGAGAAAAGGGAAAGACGGUAGAAGUCGGUAGAGCGUAUUUUGAAACCGAACGAAAGCAUUUCACUAUUUUGGAUGCUCCUGGCCAUAAAAGUUUUGUACCCAAUAUGAUUGGUGGAGCGGCACAAGCUGAUCUCGCGGUUUUAGUUAUUUCUGCGCGAAAAGGUGAAUUUGAAACUGGCUUUGAUAGAGGCGGUCAAACAAGAGAGCAUGCUAUGUUGGCUAAAACGGCUGGCGUGAAACAUCUGGUUGUAUUAGUAAAUAAGAUGGAUGAUCCGACUGUGGAGUGGGAUGAAGGAAGGUACAAUGAAUGCAGGGACAAGAUACUGCCAUAUCUUCGUAAACUGGGAUUCAAUCCUGCGAAAGACCUUACGUUUAUGCCAGUUUCGGGGCAGUUAGGUAUCGGUUUGAAAGAUCCAAUUCCAGAGCAUCUUUGCACGUGGUACACUGGGCCGCCAUUUAUAUCCUUCAUUGAUUCUCUACCGUCACUUAAUCGUAAGAAUAGUGGACCUUUCAUCAUGCCAAUUGUUGAUAAAUAUAAGGAUAUGGGAACAGUGGUAAUGGGCAAGGUUGAAGCUGGAGAAGCAAAGAAAGGACAGUCAUUACUUGUUAUGCCUAAUAGGACGGCAGUGACGGUAGAUCAAUUAUGGUCAGAUGACGAGGAAGUGACAUCGGUUGGUCCGGGUGAAAAUGUAAAGAUUAAGUUAAAAGGCAUUGAGGAGGAAGACGUGAGUCCCGGAUUCGUAUUGUGCGACAGUAAUAAUCCCAUAAAAACGGGGAGAGUGUUCGAUGCUCAAGUGGUUAUUCUGGAACACAAGAGCAUCAUUUGUGCUGGCUACAGUGCUGUGAUGCAUAUUCAUUGCGCCGCGGAGGAAGUCAGAGUAAAGGCAUUGAUUUGCCUUGUCGACAAGAAGACGGGUGAAAAAAGCAAAACCAGGCCGAGGUUCGUGAAACAGGACCAAGUUGCUAUAAUGAGAAUCGAAUGUGCAGGUGUCAUAUGCCUUGAAAGAUUUAAACUAUUUCCACAGAUGGGACGUUUCACCCUUAGGGAUGAAAAUAAGACUAUCGCUAUCGGUAAGGUGCUGAAAGUGGUAGAGUAAAUGUUGCUCAACUGUGACCACAGAUUGGGAUUAUUAAUCAAUUUCGGAUACGACGAACGAACAUAUGCAGAAGAGUACGUAAAGCCGAACACAGUACGCACGAGAAAAAAACGAAACUAAAAGGAGCAAAUGUAACCGGCGUAACGAACUAUUCGCGAGCUACCGUUAAUUGUAACAUACACCCAUCUACACGCAAAAGAAGCAAGUAAAAGAAAAAAAAAUGAAAAAAGAAUAUAAGAAGUCCUGCGUCAAAUGGAAAAUGCACAUUACAUCGUAUGCACAGACAGUUGGGCUGGGGUUCAGGGGAAACCACGUGGGGGGAGGGUGGGUAUUUAUAACCUGAAAUAAAGAAAAAGAAAAGCAAAUAGAUUUGAUUAUAUAGAUAAAAAAAAAGGAGACAAGCAGCUAAAGUAAAAUAAAUAAAAUAAAUGAAACUCGAGAGCGCGUGUUCCUCCUAAUUAGGUAAGCGGAACGACAGACACUCGCAGCGGAGUUAAUUAUAAAAGUCGAAUAAUGAUCAAAUGAUGGACAAUGUCUCCUUUAAUAUUGUAAAACACGAUAUUUUUAUUCUUCUGAGGUGCGAGACAUUAAACGAGCGUGAGGGAGAGGAUUACCGAUUACCGCAAGUAAAAACUAAGAAAAAAAAACAAAUAUUAUUAUUAAUAUUAUUGUAUUGAUUAUUGAAUAAUUAUUAUUAAAAUUUGGUGGUAAGAAGCUGAGGAAGAAAAGAGGAGAGGCAGAAAAUUUAUUUAGAUACAAAUCAGCCGGAUAGUGUUACACGACAAUUUGUAAUUAUAAAAAAAAUUAUAUUAAUUAUUAUUAAU